GGCGGGGGUGACGCGGGUGCCUGGAGCGCGCGGCGUGCUGCUGGCGGCCUGAGCCAUGGCUGCGGACUGGGACGAGAUCCGGCGGCUGGCAGCUGAUUUCCAGAGGGCGCAGUUCGCGAGCACCGUGCAGAGGUUAUCUGAACGAAACUGUGUUGAAAUUGUUGCAAAGUUGAUAGCAGAGAAACAGCUGGAUGUGGUACAUACAUUGGAUGGUAAGGAGUAUAUCACUCCUGCUCAAAUUGCCAGAGAGAUACGGGAUGAGCUUUAUGUUAAUGGAGGUAGGAUAAAUAUCGUGGAUCUGCAGCAUAUUCUUAAUGUGGAUCUAACUCACAUUGAAAGCAAAGCAAGUGACAUUGCGAAAUCAGACAGCAACAUCCAAUUUGUCUUGGGCCAGCUGAUUGAUGAAACCUACCUGGAUCAGAUGGCUGAAGAGGUAAAUGACCGACUACAAGAAGCUGGGCAAGUGACUAUAGCAGAGCUAUGUAAAUUGUAUGACCUUCCAGCUGACUUUUUAAUGGAGGCAUUAUCAGUGCGCCUAGGCAGAAUUAUAAAUGGACAGAUGGAUACCUUUGAUCGAGGAGUCAUCUUUACUGAUGCUUUUGUUGCUCAGCAUAAAGCACGGAUUCGUGGACUUUUCAGUGCAAUAACCAGGCCAACACCAAUAAACUCUUUGAUAACUCAAUAUAAAUUUCAGGAACAUCUUCUGUACUCUUUUCUUGAAGAAUUUAUAAGAAAUGGUCGUUUGAAUGGAGCUGUAAUUGGUGGCAGACAGGAUAAAGCUGUUUAUAUUCCUGACAUCUACUCGAGAACGCAAAAUAACUGGGUGGAUUCGUUUUUCAAACAAAAUGGCUAUUUGGAAUUUGAUACUUUAUGCAGACUGGGAAUCCCUGACCCUGUGAAUUACGUAAAGAAGCGAUACAAGACCGCAUCGAUAACCAACUUGAAGGCCGUCUGCGUCGGGCGUAUUAUUGUUGAUCAGGUGGAAGCUUCAGUAGAGGAGGCUCUCAGAUCGGGCACAUGGGUGGAUAUACAGCCACUACUACCCAGUUCAUUUUCUGAGGAAGAUGCAUCCAUUUUGCUUCAGCAAGUGAUGAGGACAAUGCAAAAACAUUCAGCUUGCAGGAUUUUUGGGGACACUAUCGUAGUCAGUGAGCAAUUUAUUAGCAGCUGUGCAACUUUGUUUGAGCAGAUGAUGCAGCACAAGGCUGAAAAGCAAAUAAAGAACAACCAUGCCCAUGUGUUAACCGAGGAGGACCUGAAGCAGGCUGCUAUUAUAGCAGAAAGCAUGAUUUGUGUUAAAAAGGACAAGCGAGAGGACCGGAAAAAGAAAGCUUUGGAGGGCGCUGGAAGUAUCCGAGCAGGAGGUGGCGGUAAUGCUCGGGAAAUCAGGACUAGAAAAACCAAGAAGAAGGGAAAGCGAGAUGAAGAUAGUGAUGAAGAAAUGUCGACUACAAGUAAACUCAAACAAAAGGAGGUAAUUUUCAUGGCACAGGAAGAAAUUGAAGAUAUUUUAAGGAAUCGUCUUCAAGACUGUCCAGAGGAAAUGAUAUGUGAACUUGCAGAACAUUUGAUUAGACCUUUAAAUAAAAGCUAUCAGGAAGUGUUGCAUUCAGUACUCUUGUCCACUGUCACCUCUGCAUCAGGAGCCAGUAGAAAAAAGACUGUAAAAGAACUGCAGGAGGAAGUAUCAAACUUUCAUAACAAUAUAAGAUUGUUUGAGAAAGGAGCCAAACUCUUUCCAGAUGAUACACACGUUCAACUAGGAAAGCAUUUAUUGAAGACAAUAUGUACCGAUACUUCAAAUCUUCUUUUCAACUUUUUGGCUGGAGACUUGAUGAUGGCAGUGGAAACCUACACUACAAUAACCCCUGAGCUCAGAUUGAAAAUCUUGGCAAAACUGCCUGAAGAAACUAGAGGUCCCCUUUCAAAGCUUCAUAAUUCCCUGAAUGGCAAAAGUAUAGAAGAAUUCCUUAACAUAUUGGAUGGUGUGGCAGAAGUCUGUGGAAUUAUGCUCAAAAAGGGAGAUAAAAAGAAAGAAAGACAAGUCAUUUUCCAGCACAGACAGGCAUUACUCGAACAGGUUAAGGCUACUGAGGAGCCAGCACUAGUUUUGCAUCUGACAUCAGUUCUGCUGUUCCAGCUGUCGAUGCACAACAUGCUUCAUGCACCCGGCAGAUGUGUGCCACAGAUUAUCACGUUCCUCAUGACCAAGAUUCCGGAGGAUCAAUACAAGCUCCUGUUGAAGUACCAAGGUCUAGUAGUGAAACAACUUAUAGGUCAGCAGAAACAAGGAGGCCAAGGAGGUGAUGACCCGGAUGAAUGCAAAAAUGUUGAGAAAGAGAGUGAAUAUGAUGUAGAGACUGUUCGAAAGGAGCUGCAAGAAUUAACGCCAUUUGUCAAAGAUCUUGUUCUGAAAUCCAGGAAAACUUCCCUGACUGAAGAGUGAAGUAAUUUGAAAUUGGAUUUUGAGGAGUGAUUCAUACUUAAGCAACUUUUGCAUUAAACAUUCAUGGAUUUAAAAAUUCCACCAGUAUCAGCAACAUGGCUAAACUGCUGAGCUGGAUUAGAUUUUAUUAAUUACAUUUGUAACUCAAAAGAUAUCAAUUAAUUUUAUUAAAAUGAUUGUAUA